CGGAAGUGUCGCCGUUCCGGGGUGGCGAUGGCAUCGGGCCGGCGGCGGCGGCGCGGAUCGGCGGGUCCUUCCGCCUCACGGCGCGGCGGGGCGGGCUGAGGGGAGCGGGCCGCCUGCCGCCAGCCUUUUUCUUCUCCCACUCCCUUCUUCUCCGCUGGAGGAAGGUGCAGAGCAUGGAGAAUGAUGAACUUCCGCCAGAGGAUGGGCUGGAUUGGAGUGGGGCUGUACUUGCUAGCAAGCGCUGCAGCUUUUUAUUACGUCUUUGAAAUCAAUGAGACUUACAAUAAACUGGCACUGGAGCACAUUCAGCAGCACCCCAAGGAACCACAGGAAGGAACCACAUGGACGCACUCCUUAAAAGCACGACUGCUCUCCUUGCCUUUUUGGCUGUGGACUAUCAUCUUUUUAAUACCGUAUUUACAGAUGUUCUUGUUCCUCUAUUCCUGUACGAGAGCCGACCCCAAAACUGUUGGCUAUUGCAUCAUUCCUAUCUGCUUGGCUGUCAUUUGCAAUCGUCAUCAAACAUUUGUGAAGGCCUCUAAUCAGAUCAGUAGAUUACAGCUGAUUGACACUUAACUCCAUUUCUAGUUUCCGUAGCUGCUUUGAAGCGAUCGAUAUGUCUGAUUUAAUCACAAGACUGAAGUUCUGAGCGAAGGCUGGAAAGAACCUUUUCUUUCCAACUGUUAAGCAAUGAACGGUGACUGUUUUCUAUUAAAAAAACCCAACAAAAAGUAAUUCCAGAGGUUUUUAAAGUCUUGGUCUAUCGGAAUGACUUGAGUGGGGGAGUCCUAUGUGACACGUGAUGGAAGUAUUCCUCAUUUUGCCUUAAUGAUGCAAAACUGCUUCACUCCACUCGACACAUUCUUGGGGGAAAGAAGUUCCUACUCUGUGACUUUGCUCCUCUGUGCAAAAAGAGGAAGGGGAAAAAAAAGCAACAAUGUCCUUUUGUUUUUCCUGGAGUAAAAUCAAUGACAAGAGAAUUAAUGCUUCUGUGAUAAAGGAAGAAGGUCAGAAGGUGACAAUAGAAGUUGCACUCAGAACAGGUUUUUGCUUUUGCUUUUCAAGAAGUAAUUCAUAUCUACAUCAGUGCUGGUUUUUAAUGAUUUUUUUAUAACACAUGUAGGAAAUGCAGGAAGCGAAGAAUAAAGCAUGUGCAAAUCACUGAAGAGAAAAAGAUAGAUAUCUGUUUUUCUUCUCUGAGGUAUUUUUUUCUCCAUUGACCAGAAUAGCACGUCAUAGAAUCACAUUGUAGCAGUGAGGAGGGGCACAGACCUGGCGGUGCUUUAAGCUUCUUCCCUGCAGUGUCCAAAGCAGCUUGUGCCGGUGUUGGGAUAUUAUAAGAGGCACAAAACUUUGUGUUUCCUUCUUCCUUUAGAAAUCUCCUUUGGUAACAUUACAAACGAUGGGAAUUUUUCUACUGUUCUAAUGUCUGUCCAGACAUGCAAAAACAUAUUCAGUGAGUACUGAUGUGCUACGAAGACUUUACAUUUGUGAUAGUUUUCCUAUCACCGAGCUGGGGAAUGCUCUAAGCCUCACGUAGGACAAAUAGUAUCUUUCUUCCAGGAUUCUGAGUAAGAUCACUUGUCUUGUUCUUGAAAGAAACGUGAUUUGCUUCAAUCAUGCUGAAAUUCCAUUGCCAUUUCUUACCAUAAUUUCACCUUGUUUUUCAGUGCUAUUUCGGUGUAGCCUUUAUUUCUGACUACUGGGACUGUGUGUUUUCAAUGAUGCCAAAUCUCUUCUUUUGUGUGUCUGUUUCUUCUUAGACUAACUGUAUUUUUGAGCCAUGAUGGAGGUAACCUUCUGAUUGUGAAAACAUUGCAUUAUAUGGACUUCUGCAGGCCCAGAACAGUUAUGCACUGAACUUCUCAAUUAUCGUUUUUUAUUUGAUUGUACGUAAUUGUCAGUACCUGACCAUCACAAAUGCUUAAUCCAGUUCUGACAACUGUAAGGGAAUCUCAGACAUAUCACCUGUUUCCUGCUUUGGAAAGAAUGUGUUGCUGUGUUCAAGGGUGGUAGUUACAGCACCUUAAACUUUGGUUGCAUUUGGAGAUACUUGUAGACUGUGGGCUCAGCUGCCAGCAGGGGUGCUAGGACCUAAAAACACGAUGUAGCCUUUACAAGAGGGUUUUAAGUUCAAAGUGCAAUAUGAAAAGGGGGAAGCUGCCAUCUCAAUAUGCUGGAGUAAGAAUAAAGUAUAAACUCUGACUGCUCCUAUCUUUUGGAGUCAGAGCUUUUAAGUUGUGUUGUUUCUUAACUCUAAAGAUCACUGUCUUAUUUAUCUAUGAAAUAAAAAACUUUUCAAUGUUUAUAAACAGAAGUCUGAUAACACA